CCUGAGCUGUCAGGGAAAAGCAGGGCUGAGUGUGUGUGUGUGUCUGAGUGUGUGUGUGUGUGAGAGAGAGAGAGAGAAAAGCGACGAGAACAGGACGAGGGAUCGAGAGGACUUUUUGGGAAUGGACGCUCACGCUUCAUCACACUCUCUCUCGCGGAAGAGGAGAAGAGACGACUCGAACGGGGAGACAGAGGAAGGAGACGCCGCGGUCAGAUUUAAACGGCACACCGUGGCUCUGAGAGACCCGGCUCCGUAUGCUGAUCAGCUGGACUCACUGAAGGAUCGUCCGUAUAAACGCGUCACCAUGGAGGAGGCUCGCAGGGGGACACCACCCGACAGGCCGGUGAGGGUGUACGCCGACGGCAUCUUCGACAUGUUCCACUCAGGACACGCCCGCGCCCUCAUGCAGGCCAAAGCCCUCUUCCCCAACACACACCUCAUCGUUGGAGUAUGCAGUGACGACCUCACACACAAGCUGAAAGGCUUCACGGUGAUGAACGAGGAGGAGCGCUACGACGCCGUCACACACUGCCGCUACGUGGACGAGGUGGUGCGCAACGCGCCCUGGACCCUCACGACCGACUUCCUCACCAAACACCGGAUCGACUUUGUCGCUCAUGAUGAUAUCCCGUACUCAUCAGAAGAUAGUGAUGAUGUGUACAAACACAUCAAAGAGGCAGGCAUGUUUGCUCCGACGCAGCGCACUGAGGGUAUCUCCACCUCCGACAUCAUCACGCGCAUCGUCCGCGACUACGACGUGUACGUGAGGAGAAACCUGCAGCGCGGCUACACGGCCAAAGAACUCAACGUCAGCUUCAUCAACGUGAGUCUCCUCCUCACCCUGAACCGUUUUUUAUCUCUCUCUCUCUCUCUCUCUCACACACACACGUAUAUGUUUGCGUUCCACACGCAGGAGAAGAAGUACCACCUGCAGGAGCGCGUGGAUAAGGUGAAGCAGAAGGUGCGAGACGUGGAGGAGAAGAGCAAGGAGUUUGUGCAGAAGGUGGAGGAGAAGAGCAUCGACCUGAUCCAGAAGUGGGAGGAGAAAUCCCGCGAGUUCAUCGGAAACUUCCUGCAGAUGUUCGGCCCCGAGGGGGCGCUGAAGCACAUGCUGAAAGAAGGGAAGGGCCGCAUGCUGCAGGCCAUCAGUCCUCGUCAGAGCCCGAGCAGCAGCCCGACCCGCGAGCGCUCGCCCUCGCCCACCUUCCGCCUCCCGUUCUUCACCAGGACCUCGCCGCCCGCCUCACCCCGCGCCAAGCGCCCACGCCAUGACAUCACUACCCAUGGGCAGAACAUCAGCGAGGAUGAGGAGGAGGAGGACGAGGAGGACGAGGAGGAGGACGAAGAUUAGGAGGGUAGCACAGGACUGGGUGUGGAAACGCUGAGCGGGGAACGCAUCGCUCCUCUCCAUCUUCCAUCAAGUACGAAACGAGGAACGGAUUUUUAGUUUAAAAAAUACAGCUGCGGCUGUGUGCGUAGUAUCCGUUAGCAUAGCGGAUGACUGCCUGUGUGUGUGUGUGUGUGUCUGUGUGAUGUUACAGCAUGCCAGUAUUCUGGCCGUUUUCUAUAACGAUUCACAUUUUGGGGGAAGUUUUUAAAUUCUGGAGUCGUCCGUCAGUGUGCACAUUCAUUUCAUUUCUCUUCUUUAAACAGUUAUUUUGUCACAUCUCAACGACGACGCUCACUGUACAGCUUUUCAUCUUAAUCAUGCACUUAAUGUGCUGUAAAGACAUAACUAUAUUAAUGCUACUGUUGGACAUCGGUUGCUAUGGUUACAUAAUGGACGCUGUGAUCUCUCUCUGUGCAAUCCAAAUAAUGAGGCCGAGGGCUAAAAUAAAUUAGCCCAUUUUGAUUUAUGAUCGUCGUCAUGGUUACGUAGUAAGAGUACGUAUUAUUAAAUUAAUUUGGAGCUCAGAAAAAAAUGAGAAAACGGCGCAGACCUGGCAGCAAACCACAAAUGAGUAUUUUUAACAUUUUCACAGAAGUAAUGCUGACAUUUAUUAUUAUCUUUCGCUGUAUCGUUAAACCAAACAACACUAAGCUUGACAACACCACUAGGAGGCGCUGAAGUGCACAUGUUAGGUUAGCUAUAGCUAGCCCACUAGUCUUGUAGCAAAAACCGAGCUAUGUUAGCUUCGAGUGCAUUUAAGGCUUUCAGGAUAUUUUAUUAACGCCAAUCACAUAAUUUUUUUUUUUUUCGUAUUAGAUCAUGGACGUCUUGUCAUGUUUGUUUUUUUCUGUUUGUUUAUUUUGUAAAAUUAAGCAUUGAGUAAUGAAGAAAGUGUUUGGAGUUCAGGAACAUCAAAGCAAUCCCAUAAUCCUGGUUACCACACGAGUGUUUGAUGAUGAUGAUGGGACUGUAGUAAUAAUCUGACUCGACGCUGGUGAUGACCUCAGCAGGGUUUAACUGCAGGAUUGUGUACAGCUACUGUAAUAAACCUCACUAGUGAUUUAGUCUCUCACUGCACACACUGGAGUUUCUUCUCUGUCCCAUUACUGUUUCCUUUUGUCUGGUGUCUGUCUGGGUUUCUAAAUGUCUUGCAACACAGAUCAGUGUAACAUGAAUAAAACUCAGAAUUCCUUUUG